AUGGUACAAACAUCGGUUCUCGUGACGGCCUCGGUCGCAACCGCUGUCACUGGCGUUCUAGCCUACGCCGUCUACUUCGACUACAAACGUCGAUCGGAACCCGAGUUCCGCCGCAGUCUCCGUCGCAACGAACGCCACCGAGCCCGCGCCGAAAAGGAGGAUCAGAAGGCCCAGUCGCAGCUGCAACGCCAGAAGAUAAAACUCGCCGUCCAAGCUGCUAUCGAGGAUGGCUUCCCUCGUGAUCCCUCCGAAAGGGAGAGGUACUUCAUGGAACAGGUCUCCAAGGGCGAGGUUCUGAGCGCUGAUCCCAACACCACCUUUGACGCCGCGUUGGCCUUCUACAAGGCCCUCAAGGUCUAUCCUUCUCCUGGUGAUCUCAUCGGCAUCUAUGACCAGACCGUCUCCAAGCAAGUAUUAGACAUUCUUGCCGAACUGAUCGCCGCCGACCCAACCCUGAAGAUCGGCACCAACGCCGAGGCAUCCAUCCCCACCAUGCCCCCCACUGUCGGCCUCGACUAG